AUGCGGAUUCACCUUGUCAUUUCGCGGCAUGGAUUGCCUGCGACCCGAAUCCUAUGGACUACUACCGCUGCCGCUUCGCUAGGAGAAUAUGGAGCCCGCGGCGCAGCUCCCACUUCCGCGAUUGCCUCGUCUCGGAACCCCAAUGUUGCGUUUUCCAAUGGCGGAUACACAAUUGCUCAGUUGUUGGAAGAUGUGAAUGAGAUUGUUCCUCUCGAAACGGAACCCAGUGUAUUUGAUCCCGAAUUCAGUGGCCAGUGGGGCCUUGAGGAUUAUGUGGUGGAGGUCGGUGGAUCAGAAUGUCUACAUUUCAUGGAAGUGGAAGGAUUGCUUCGGGAAGGCGAUGAAGUUGUCAUUCGUGCUCUGCAGCUCGCAGAUCUGCGCGCAAGACGCCUGUGUGGUCGUCUCCAGAUUGCUACAGAUGGAAAACACCUCAUCGACGGUGUCCCAUUUGGAGCCCCGUUUAACAAGCGUUCCACCACUAGUCGUCCCGCCAUUACAAUUCCUCCGCGAAAGAAACGCCGAACAGUAUUCUCUUCUGGCUGGGAUCAAGAUGCAGGGUACGCGCAUGAAGGUUCAAAUGCCGAUGAAGAAGGCGACGGGGAGUGGCUGCCACCGACUGAUACUGGAUUCGGAAAGGAACUCUCUAUUCUGCCUGUGGAACAUGAUAUGUCUAUGGGGACAGUGAUCAGGCACCCUGUUGAUCAUUCUGCGGAUGAUGAUAGCGACGAUGUUGAUGAAUAUGAACAUGAAGAGGACGAGCUCGAGAGUGAGCUCAAGGCACUGAAGGAAGAUUUUGAAGAACCAGCUUCCCAGUUCAUUGACAUACGGAACCAAAGCCAACAAGCUGGCGACCUUUCCAUGGGGCGGCCCAAUUCUGCGGGUGCCAGACCUGGCUCUGCCAGUACACUACCUGGAGGAUCGCAAGUUGGCGCUUCAUCUUUGUCCAGCAAACGGUCGCGUGGAGAGGCUUCUUCGCCCAGAGCUUCCAAGGCUGUGAGGUUUAACCGGGGAGAAAAUGUUACUGAGAAACUUCAGUCCACCCAACAGGUUAAACCUGACAUUAAAGCCAAUCCACCCGAAUCAUCCGACUCCGAUACUGAUUCCGACUCUGAUACCGACUCUGAUUCUGAGUCUGGUUCUGACUCUGAUUCUGUCUCUGAUUCGUCGGACGAUGAUUCUACUGGAUCAAAAGCCGCUUCUUCAUCUGAAGAGGAAUCCGAUAAUGAACAAUCAAAUGCAUCGAGUUCAUCCUCGUCUGAUUCGAGUUCGGACGAUUCCUCAUCCGAGGAUGAAAAGCCUUCCCCGAAGAAAGCGCGGCGCUCCCUCAUGGCACCUCCAGGGUAUGGCACUGUACGAACCAAGAAAGCUAAUAACCGAUACAAGCUUCGCCGCCGCCUUUUUAAGCUAAAAGAAAUUGGCUUACUCCCUGAAAAUGCCGACUUUGCUGCACUGCGAACCUGGGAAGAGGAAAACGGAGGUUGGCACUUCCCUGAAGAUUCAAGCAUCAUGUCUGCCCCAUCAAGCAAGGAGGAUCAAAAGAAACCAAACCAGAAGGAGCUCGAAGCCAAACAGUUCGAAGCCAAACGGCAGCAACUUUUACGUGAUCUCGCGUCUUGCGGAAUUGAUUUGGAGGGGACAUCUGAAAAGGAAAAUGUCCCUCCGCGCACUUCGACCGUCUCCGCGCCUGCCGUUCCUGACACUGCUGCCCCUGGAGAGAGCAAGAUCGAAACCACCGAAGCAGAACGCUCAAAUCGACGGACUUUGGAUAUUGCAAGUUCACGACGACUCGUUUUCGGGGGCCUUGGGGUGCGCACGCCCAAGACUAAAGAAGAUGAAGAGGCGACCAUCAGAAAGCUAGCAGCUCAGGCCAGCAAAGUCUCCAAAAAGCCAGCUAAGAAAGCGCCCGCUGAAGAGACUUUGCCCGCUGACGAAGAUAGUGAUGUCGUUCUUAACUGGGAAGACAAGCUCAUUCUUAAGGCCACGGAAUGUGUUGUUGACGGCAUCGAGUUCACGACCCCACCAUUCCCGUUUAAGAAUCGUUGGGAUCCCAAGGCGAAUGCGGAGAUUCGAGAGCGACUGGGCUGGAAUAAGAAGCGCAAGCGGAGAAACAGAAUCCAGGUUUACAACGGAGCCGAAGAAGAUAAUGAGGACCAGUAUGGAGACGGUAGCGCGUACCAAGGUUAUGAAAACUACGAAUACGGAGAGGAGGCUCUCGAAUACGACGACAACGGGAACGCGCUUUACUAUGACGAGAACGGUGACAUGCUUCACUACAACGAAGAGGGCAUGGAACCAGAAACCGACCACACCGAGCAAACGCAAAUUGCUGUUGUCGAUGACCUUCCAGUCUUCCCCAAUGACCCGAGCUCUGUUGCGGACUUGCAGGAGUGUGAAGCAAAGCCUGGAGCCGUCAUCGCUUUUCGCCAACUAGACAUGUCCAAGGAGACAAAUUGGCAACCCCGCAUGUCUGAGUACAGAGUGGCGGAAGUACAGAAAGUUGAUAAGGGCACCAUCCAUGUUCGAUUGGCGACCCGCCAUUGGAAGCCCAAGCAAGAACCUGUGGAUCCAGAAGACGAUGAGCCCCGUACAUACAGCGGCUUUGAGAUGCCUGGGUAUGAUGACGAGGAAGGCGAGGACGACGGUCUUCGCGAACUCGCCUAUGCAGAACUCAGCGAUCCAAAGCUUCUGACACCUGCGCCAUGCACCGUGGACGAGAAUCUGGACAAGGAGAAGGACAAGGGCGAUGCUCAAGAGGAUAGCAUUAUCUCCGUAAUCGCCGAUUCAAUGCCGAGCGCCCAGCCAGUCCCUCCAUUGGACGACAUGGACCUUGACGAGACGACUUUUGUUACUCUGGUUACUGCCAAUGAAUCUCCGCAGCGGGUGUCUGAUGUGCCAACUAUCCGAACUCCCGGCGGGACAAGGCUCACCGUGACUCAAGGCCAGGAUGCCGAUGAUGAACAUAGUGACACCCCUGUAGUGCCCUCACCAUCUUUCUCUGGAUUCCAUUCCGCCCUUUCAUCUCCGGGCAUGAGAUUGCGUUUCAACACUGAAGCUGAAGUGGGCAAUCUCGAGGGUCACACUCUUGUUGGCGAGGCUCCAUCGAAUUCUCGUGACAUGUCCAACCAGGACAUCUCAGCACUUUCCUUCUUAUCCGCCAAUGAAUCUAUUCCCCACGACAUCUCUCAAAUCCUGGAGCAACAACAUGAUCGCCAGGUCGUUGACGAUUCCCAAGUUGCUGUUGGGGCCAAUGGUUCCGGUCCCCAUUCCCUAUUAUCCCAGGUCCACAACGCAGCCAGUGCCAACUCCGACCCAUCCAAACUCUCACCUGCCCCUGCCCGGAGUACUGUUGGAGAAAGUCCCGAUCCCCGAACCGAACCCUCUGAGCAUUGGGAAGACAUUGCGAGCACACCUUCUCAUGAAAACACCGAUCAGGAAAAGGACGAAGUAGACGACCAGGAUGAAGACAAAGACAGUCUUCUCCAUAGCAACCAAAGCCUUGACAUCUCUCCCCAUCCAUCCCCGCCUCCCUCCAGCUCGCGUUCAUCUCACAAACCUCCUCCAAGUGCUCAUCCGGAACCUCCCUCCAAGAAACCUCACAAAGCAAAGGCAUCUUCCAGAGCGAAGACCGAAUCCCCCGCCGGAUCCGUUCGUUCGAAGCGUGGUGCAGCUCGCGCGUCGACCUCCCAAAUUCAUUCAUCGCAGGCGUCCGACUUCAUGGAUCUUACAUCCAGCCCUGCGCCCACCAGCCACCUCACGGGGAAGUCGCCAGAGGAUGAAUCUGAAAAAGUGGAUACGGAUGAUUCUGUUCCAGCGCGGCAGAGCAGAAUACAGCGCAUGACCGAAGUUAGCGUCAGUCCCAAAGCUGGUCCCAAGAAGAGCAAGAAGCGGUUAUCGCGCAAGUUCUGA